UUUUUAUUUAGAUGUGGCGCGAUAUAAUGAAAACGUGCUACGCCGAGCCGAAAGUAAUGGCUGUUGUGCAAGUGGAAAAAAUGUUAGAGCGGCUGAAAAAAUCAAACAUAUUACUUGAGCUCAUUCAACGUGGACUUAACGAAUAUUUGGAGAAGAAGAGAUUGUAUUUUCCCAGAUUUUUCUUUUUAUCUAAUGACGAAUUGUUGGAAAUACUGUCAGAAACAAAAGAUCCCACAAGGGUUCAACCUCAUCUCAAAAAGUGUUUUGAAGGGAUAGCAUCAUUGGAAUUUACCGAAGAUUUAGACGUUACUAAGAUGAAGUCAAGCGAAGGCGAAGAGGUACCCUUAGUCGACGUCAUACAAACGUCACAAGCUCGCGGACAAGUUGAGAAGUGGCUUUUGGAAUUGGAAACGGACAUGAAAAAAUCAGUUCAUAAAAUGGUAGCGGGCGCGAUAAAGGAUUACACUGCGCGACCGCGCGACGAAUGGGUUUUAAUUUGGCCGGGCCAAACUGUACAAAGCGUAGCUAUGACUUAUUGGACUUCGGAGGUUCAUGAGGCCAUUAUUAUAAGCCACGAUGAGAUGAGAAGGUGCCUUGAAAGGUGUAAUGUACAAAUCUCAAAGGUGGUGAAUUUGGUUCGGGGAAAGCUUAGCGCGCAGAAUAGGAUUACCUUAGGAGCUUUGGUGGUUUUAGAUGUACACGCAAGGGAUGUGUUAUCAGAAUUAAUAGACUUGAAAGUGAAAGGAAUUACAGAUUUUCAAUGGUUGUCUCAAAUUCGCUAUUACUGGGAGGACAAUCAAAUGGCAACCCGCAUGAUAAAUUCAACUCUAAUGUAUGGUUACGAAUAUUUGGGAAACGUGUCCAGACUUGUUGUUACACCUUUAACAGAUCGUUGCUUCAGAACCCUAUUUGGUGCAUUACAUCUUCAUUUAGGUGGCGCGCCUGAAGGUCCUGCUGGUACCGGAAAGACAGAAACAACAAAAGAUCUGGCAAAGUCCGUCGCGAAACAAUGCGUUGUAUUUAACUGUUCGGAUGGGCUCGAUUAUCUCGCCCUUGGCAAAUUCUUUAAGGGAUUGGCGUCGUGCGGCGCUUGGUCCUGUUUUGACGAAUUUAAUAGAAUCGACCUCGAAGUACUUUCAGUGGUCGCCCAGCAGAUAUUAACCAUACAACGAGGAAUAAAUUCCGGAGCAGAAAAGAUGGUAUUUGAGGGCACCGAACUGAAACUUGAUCCCACUUGUGCCGUCUUUAUUACGAUGAAUCCCGGAUAUGCGGGGCGAUCCGAAUUGCCUGACAAUUUAAAAGCCUUGUUCAGAUCAGUCGCUAUGAUGGUGCCCGAUUAUGCUUUAAUAUCAGAAAUAGAACUUUACUCGUACGGGUUUCUUAGUGCAAAACCGCUUGCUGUGAAAAUUGUGGCCACAUAUCGUUUGUGUUCCGAGCAGUUGUCAUCACAGUGUCAUUAUGACUAUGGUAUGAGAGCUGUUAAAUCUGUGUUAAGAGCUGCGGGAGCGUUAAAGUUGCGUUACCCCGAGGAGCAAGAAGAUAUACUAGUUCUACGAUCCAUUAAAGACGUGAACUUGGCGAAAUUUUUAAAUCAGGAUGUUCCCUUGUUUCAAGGAAUCACAUCGGAUUUAUUUCCGGGCAUAGAGUUACCCCCUCCUGACUACGUUAUAUUCAAUUUGGCGGUCGAAGACACGUGCGUCAAACAUAAUUUGCAAUGCACUGACUUUUUCUUGGAAAAGGUUCAGCAGCUGUAUGAAAUGAUUGUCGUGCGACAUGGACUUAUGCUUGUCGGUUUACCAUUCGGUGCAAAAACAAGUGCAUAUCGAGUGUUAGCUGAUGCUUUAGGACUUAUAGAAGUCAGAGGUGGCAUGGACGAACACCGCGCCAUAUAUACGAUAAUGAAUCCAAAGUCGAUUACAAUGGGACAAUUAUAUGGCCAAUUUGACCCCGUAUCCCAUGAAUGGUCAGAUGGAGUUUUAGCAGUAAGCUACCGCGCAUUCGCAAUGUCUACAACGUUAGACAGAAAAUGGUUAAUAUUUGACGGACCUGUAGAUGCAAUUUGGAUUGAGAACAUGAACACUGUAUUAGACGAUAAUAAAAAGUUAUGUUUGAUGUCGGGCGAAAUCAUACAAUUAGCAAAUACUACAAAUUUAAUAUUUGAGCCUAUGGAUUUGGAGGUAGCUUCUCCUGCUACGGUUUCGAGAUGUGGCAUGAUUUAUUUGGAACCAUCUACAUUGGGAUGGGAACCAAUUUUAUGUUCCUGGAUAAAUAAAUUUCCUCCUCUGCUAAAUGAUUUUGAUAAAGCUACAGUAAAGGCGAUGUUUCUACGGUUUGGUAAGCCACUCCUGUGGUUUAUUCGAAAAGGAGGCGUAAAAGAAAUAGCGUCAACUUUAGACUCGAACUUAAUGGUUUCUGCCAUGAAUAUGUUCGAUUGUUUUAUGGACGAUUUUUACGAUCCGGAGGCUGUGAAACAAUUGUCCGACUUAGACGUGCGUGCCCAAUUGGAGGGUGUCGUCUUCUUUUCUUGCAUAUGGUCGCUCGGAGCGACACUGGACUUUAACAGUCGACCCAAAUUUAGUAUUUUAUUCAGGGCUCUUCAAGAGAGAAUUUUUCCGCAACAUCUCAUUAACGAUUGGGAAAUACCGUUUGAAAUACCUCCAGUUGACAAACCUUACGUCUUAACCAUUCCUCCAGCAGAGACUGUGUUUGAUUACAGAUUCAUUAAAGAGGCGAAAGGAAAGUGGAUAUUAUGGAACAACGACUUGAGCACGGCUCCUGCCAUACCUCGCGACAUCCCUGUAAACCAAAUCAUAGUAACGACGACUGAAACGAUAAGGAGUAUCGCUUUAAUGACCCUUCUAGUUGAACACAAUAAAGCGAUGAUGAUAGUGGGCCCAACAGGCACUGGCAAAUCAGUUUAUAUAAUCGAAUUCCUGCUUAAGAAAAUAUCAAAAAAUUACACACCAAUGUUUAUAAAUUUUUCUGCGCAAACUUCCGCAAAUAUGACUCAAAACAUUAUUAUGAGUAAACUGGAUAAGCGACGAAAAGGCGUAUUUGGCCCGCCCGUUGGUAAAAGGUGUGUGAUAUUCGUCGAUGACGUUAGCAUGCCUUUAAAAGAGACGUAUGGAGCGCAGCCUCCAAUUGAAUUGUUACGGCAAUGGUUUGAUCAUCAUAUGUGGUAUGACUUGAAAGAAAUUAUACCUAUGAAAUUAAUUGAUAUACAGUUUAUGUGCGCUAUGGGGCCACCAAGCGGUGGGAAUACAGUAACUCCAAGAUUUGCGAGACAUUUUAAUCAUGUUUGCAUUGAUGAAUUUAAUGACAGCAUUAUGGUUACCAUUUUUACCAAGAUUAUGAGCUGGCAUUUGGAAACAAAGGGAUUUCCUAAGGACUUCGAUCCAUGUGUGGAAGAAAUUGUAUCUGCAACUUUAGAUGUUUACAAAUUGAGCAGGAAAAACUUAUUACCAACUCCCGCAAAGUCCCACUACCUGUUCAAUUUGCGAGAUUUUUCCCGCGUCAUUCAGGGCGUCCUGCUGUCUUCUCCUUCAAUUACCGAAGAUUUACUGGCUAUGAAACGUCUGUGGGUUCACGAAGUUUUAAGAGUCUACUACGACAGAUUGGUGGAUGAUUCGGAUAGGGUUUGGAUAUUUAAAAUGUUGCACGACGUUUGCAAAUCGCGGUUAAAGGAGAAUUUGGAUUUGAUGUUUGAACGGCUCGCCUCUCCUGGAAAUCCAUAUAUUGGCGAAAACGAGUUGAGACAGUUGCUCUAUUGCGAUUUCAGUAAUCCAAAAUCGGAUGCUCGAAACUACGUGGAGGUGUACGACUUGAAUCAAUUGAGAGAAGUGGUUGAGGGCUAUUUAGCCGAGUUUAAUAAUAUGACGAAGAAACCCAUGAAUCUUGUGCUGUUCAGAUUUGCGAUUGAGCAUUUGUCGAAAAUUUGCAGAGUGGUCAAGCAGCCGAGAAGUCACUGUUUGCUUGUCGGGGUCGGUGGUUCCGGUAGGCAAUCGUUAACGCGGUUGGCUACCCACAUAUCAGAAUAUGAGAUGUUUCAAGUUGAAAUCACAAAAACCUAUGGGUCUUAUGAAUGGCGCGAGGAUGUUAAGGUUAUUCUUAAGAAAGCUAGCGCGAGUGACUUACAUGGCGUUUUUAUGUUUUCUGAUGCGCAGAUUAAAGAAGAAUCUUUCUUAGAAGAUGUGAGCAACUUACUAAAUUCAGGCGAGGUUCCCAACUUAUUUACAACAGAAGAAAAGCUGGAGUUGACUGAAAAAAUGCGCCAAAUUGAUAGGCAAAGAGAUAAAUCUAUGCAAACGGACGGCAGUUUAGUGGCGCUAUUCAAUUUAUUCGUGCAGAUUGUGAGAGAGCAAUUACACAUUGUUCUAGUGAUGAGCCCUAUCGGUGACGGUUUCAGGAAUCGAAUUAGAAAAUUUCCAGCCAUCGUAAAUUGCUGUACUAUCGACUGGUUUCAGCCUUGGCCCGAGGAUGCACUGCUCGCUGUGGCAACGCGGUUUUUGGGCGAAGUUGAGCUAACUGAUAAAGAAAGAUCAGCUUGUAUAGAAAUGUGCCAGGAGUUUCACACAAGUACCCAACAAUUGUCAGCAGAGUUUUAUGUAAGACUGAAGCGCCACAAUUACGUUACACCCACGUCAUAUUUAGAACUAAUUAAUACAUUUAAAGCCUUUUUGGCGAAAAAACGAGACGAAAUUAUGAGAAUGAAAAGGAGAUACGAAGUAGGUUUGGAAAAACUCGAUUAUGCGGGUGAACAGGUGGCGAUUAUGCAGGAGAGUUUGGAAGCGUUGCAACCGCAGCUUGUCGUAGCGGCGGCGAAGGUGGGUGAAACCAUGAAGAAGGUAGAAGCGGAGUCGGCAGAAGCAAGUGUGGUAGCAAAAGUGGUUAUGGACGAUGAAGUAGUGGCAAAUGAACAGGCUCAAGCCGCUCAAGCCAUAAAAGAUGAUUGUGAUGCAGACUUGGCCGUUGCAAUGCCUAUAUUGGAGGUUGCUCUAGCUGCAUUAAAUACCUUAACUCCUGCCGAUAUUACAAUUGUUAAAACAAUGAAGAAUCCCCCACAAGGUGUAAAACUGGUUAUGGAAGCUGUGUGUAUUAUAAAGGGUAUAAAGCCCGAUAAAGUACCGGCUCCUAGUGGCAUAGGUACAAUUGAAGAUUAUUGGGGUCCAUCAAAGAAAGUUCUCGGAGACAUGAAGUUUCUAGAGGGUUUAAUUGCAUUUGAUAAAGACAACAUACCCGUCGAAGUAAUGAAAAAGCUGAACAAUACCGUUUUGACUGACGAAAAUUUCGAUCCUGAUAAGGUUAAGUCGGCCUCGACAGCUGCAGAGGGUCUUUGUAAGUGGGUACUGGCCAUUGCCAAAUAUGACAAGGUCGCGAAAGUGGUGGCGCCCAAAAAGAUCGCACUAGCGAAAGCGGAGGGCGAAUUCGCCGUGGCGAUGGCGGCGUUAGAGAUUAAAAGGAACAUGUUACGGACCGCCAAAGAGAAAGUCGCCAAAUUAGAAGCGACUUUGGAGAGCGAAAAUAACAAGUUUCAAAAUCUAACGGACGAGGCGAAUUUGUGCGCCAAGAAGUUGGAAAGAGCCGAAGAAUUAAUCGGUGGUUUAGGGGGUGAGAAAACACGUUGGUCGAAUACCGCCGUUCAGUUGGGAGUAACUUACGUACUUCUUACAGGUGACAUAUUAAUAAGUUCUGGAGUGGUAGCGUAUCUGGGACCGUUUACUAUGCAAUUUCGAGUACAGCAAAUAGAAAUGUGGGUUAAGCAUCUUAAUUUACUGGGAAUUACGUGCUCGAAGGACUUUCAGUUAACUGCUAUAUUGGGAGAAGCGGUUGUGAUAAGACAGUGGACUAUCUACGGAUUGCCAUCCGAUUCAUUUAGUAUUGAUAAUGGAAUUAUUGUGGCGAAUUCUCGCAGAUGGCCAUUAUUAAUAGAUCCUCAAGGACAGGCAAACAAAUGGAUACGAAAUAUGGAGAAAUCUAAUAAUCUUGCUGUUAUACGCUUAAGUCAGGCGGAUUAUGUAAGAGUAUUGGAAAACGCUAUUCAAUUUGGACAACCAGUGCUUUUAGAGAAUAUUGCUCAAGAAUUGGAUCCCAUUUUAGAAUCAGUACUGGGUCGUGAAACUUUCAGACAAGGUGGUACCUUAUGUCUAAAACUUGGCGAUUCAGUGGUGGAGUAUAAUAGACAAUUUAAGUUUUACAUCACUACAAAAAUGCGCAAUCCUCACUACCUGCCCGAAGUUGCAGUAAAAGUAACUUUGGUCAACUUUAUGAUUACCACGGUUGGAUUGGAAGAUCAACUGUUGGGUAUAACCGUUGCAAAAGAAAGGCCGGAUUUGGAAGCUGAAAAGAACCAGUUGAUUUUGCAGGGCGCUGAAAAUAAGCGCAUGUUGAAAGAAAUCGAAGAUAAAAUUUUGGCUGUGCUUAGCGAAUCUGAGGGGAAUAUACUGGAAGAUGAAACUGCCGUUCAGAUCUUAAGCUCGUCAAAAGUGUUGUCGAAUGAUAUUGCAUCCAAACAAGCGGUCGCCGAGGAGACAGAGAAAAAAAUAGAUUUGGCGAGACUGGGAUACACUCCCAUCGCAGUACAUUCGACGAUUUUAUUUUUUACUAUCGCUGAACUUGCGAAUAUUGAUCCGAUGUAUCAGUACUCCCUGGUGUGGUUUAUGAAUUUAUUCCGAACAUGUAUUGACAAUACUGAUCGAGUGGAUGAUGUGGAACAGAGAUUAAAAGAUUUGGAAAAGGCGUUUACGUACUCGUUGUACGUCAACAUAUGCAGAAGCUUAUUCGAAAAAGACAAGCUUUUAUUUUCUUUAUUAUUGGUCGUUAAUCUGUUGAAAAGUCGUAACGCCGUAAAUAUAGCAGAAUGGAUGUUUUUGCUAACAGGAGGUGUCGGACUAGAUAAUCCAAAUCGAAAUCCUAGUAAUUGGCUGGUAGUAAAAUGUUGGGACGAAUUAUGUCGCCUGACCCAUUUCCCAGCUUUCCGUGGCAUUAUGGAACAUUUCUGUAGCAAUGUGGCGGAAUGGCGAAAGGUGUUUGAUAGCCCCGAGCCACAUGUAUAUCCCCUUCCGACACCAUGGGAUUCGAAACUUACACAGUUCCAAAAACUUCUGGUACUAAGGUGUAUAAGACCGGAUAAAAUCGUCCCUGCAGUACAGAAAUUUGUGGAAGCACAACUUGGAAGGACGUACAUAGAACCGCCCCCAUUCGAUUUAGCGUCCUCGUACGCCGAUUCACAUUGUUGUAUACCGCUAAUUUUUAUUUUGACGCCCGGCGCGGAUCCAAUGGCUGUCCUACUCAAAUUUGCAGACGAUCAAGGAUUUGGAUCGUCACGCCUAUACUCCUUGUCUUUAGGUCAAGGUCAAGGGCCUAUUGCUCUCCAGUUAAUUGAUGAAGGAGUGCGCACUGGUACUUGGGUAGUUUUGCAAAACUGCCAUCUGGCGAAGAGCUUCAUGCCUUCACUUGAACGAAUUUGUGAGAAUUUCUCAAUCGAGACCACCCACCCUGACUUUCGUUUAUGGCUUACCUCGUACCCAGCGGAUCAUUUUCCUGUUGUUGUAUUGCAAAACGGCGUCAAGAUGACUAACGAACCCCCAAAAGGUUUACGAGCCAAUAUAACCAGAUCGUAUUUGAGCGAUCCUAUUUCGGAUCCCGACUGGUUUGAGAACUGUCAGCAAGGACACGCAUUUAAAAAGUUAUUAUUCGGUUUGUGUUUUUUCCACGCCGUUAUUCAAGAGCGGAGAAGCUUCGGUCCUUUGGGCUGGAAUAUACCGUACGAAUUCAACGAAACUGAUUUAAGGAUAAGCGUUAUGCAGCUACAAAUGUUUCUAAAUCAAUAUGAAGACAUUCAGUAUGAUGCUAUAACAUAUUUAACAGGCGAAUGUAAUUAUGGCGGCAGAGUGACGGAUGAUUGGGAUAGAAGGUGCUUGAUGACAAUUUUGAAACGAUUCUAUUGCCCUGCUCUGGUUGAAACUCAUAAUUACCCAAUUGAUCCAACAGGUCGCUACUACGCUCCCGACCUUGCAGACUACGAGGAAUUUAUGAAUUAUACUAAAUCUUUGCCUUUAAUUACUCAUCCUGAGGUUUUUGGUAUGAAUGAAAAUGCCGAUAUUGUCAAAGACCAAAAGGAAACAAAUCUACUAUUUGCCAAUACUUUGUUAACACAGGAUGCACUCUCAAGCGGCGGAGCAGCCAAAUCUCCUGACGAUAUCGUCUUUGAUGUGGCAACGGAUAUUUUACAAAAAUUACCGCCGAAUUUCGAUCGAGACGCCGCAAUGGAGAAAUACCCCACUGAAUAUAUGCAAAGUAUGAACACAGUUUUGGUGCAAGAAUUUGUCAGAUUCAACAAGCUAUUGACUUGCAUCAGAAACAGUUUGAUUAACGUUAAGAAAGCUAUCAAAGGUCAAAUUGUUAUGUCUCUGGAUUUGGAAGAAGUUGUUACCAGCAUGUUAACCGGUAAAAUACCGGCAAUGUGGGCCAAGAACUCUUACCCGUCCCUAAAACCCCUAGGUAGUUACGUUAACGACUUUCUGGCCCGUUUGGAGUUUUUGCAGAAAUGGUAUGAUGAAGGACCACCUGUGACAUUUUGGAUUUCCGGUUUCUUUUUCACGCAGGCUUUCUUAACGGGCGCGCAACAGAAUUACGCUCGAAAGUUUAAAAUACCAAUUGAUUUGUUGGCCUUCGAUUAUGAGGUUCUACGGGACACAGUGUUUGAGGAACCUCCCAGCGAUGGUGUUUAUGUGUAUGGUUUAUUUUUGGAAGGGGCUCGAUUUGACUUCAACAGUAUGGCGCUUGGCGAAUCAUACCCUAAGGUGCUCUACGACACGAUGCCAUUUCUAUGGUUUGUGCCAUUAAAACGUAGCGAUCUGAUACCACGCUAUAGCUACGUGUGCCCAGUCUAUAAAACGUCUGAACGCAGAGGGGUUCUGUCCACCACUGGACACUCCACAAAUUUUGUCAUUCCUAUAACGUUGCCAACUAAGAAACCACCAGCGCAUUGGGUGAUGCGAGGAGUCGCGUUGUUGUGUCAGUUAUCACAAUAGUUGUAUUUAAUUUGUAAUAACUAUUUAUUAUUGUGACUUUGUAAUAGAUUACUAUUAAACGCAAUAAAAUGGGAACGCAGCCAG